GCGGCCGCCAGCAAGUCCUAGGCACCCACCAGGUGCAAGGCGCAAGUCCGACGCCAGGAGCAGCAACAGAACACUCGCUGGUCGGCCGUCACCGCCGCCAGCCACCUCCCGCCCUCGUACCCGUCCGUGCUAGGCCUGGGCCCGCGACGCCAGGCCAAUGCCCGUUCUCCCACCCCAAAUUCCCACGCGGCCGUCGACGGUUAUUCUCCCCAACCGCACCGGCGGUCGACCUCAAUCCUGAGUUCCUGGCUCCCCUCCCCUCCAUCCCUCCCCCUGGCAUCAUAUAAAUCCCUCUCUCCUCUCUUCCCCAUCCUUCACCCCCUAUUCUAGAAACCGAUGGAGUUCAAGAAGCCUCUGCUCCGGGAUCACCAAGCGCAAGAGGGAGCCACCACGGCCGCCCCCCUUGCCGGCAAGCUGCACGGCAGCGACCCGGGCGCUACGGCGAGCUCUUCCGGUGCGAAGAAACUUGAGGAUCUGCAGCUGGCGGCGCUCAACGCCGAGGCCAGCCCUUCUGCUGCUGUGAAGAAACCGAAGAACCUGGAGGCGGCGGUGUUCACUGGCGAGGCGAGCACUUCCGGUGUGAAGAAAUCCUAUCCUGACUGCAACAAAUCCGACGACAACAAGAUCCAUCGCGACGGCAAGAAGACCGGCAACAAACUCGACGACAAGAAGGGCGAGAUAUCGGAGGCGGCGGCGACGGUCCGGCAACAAAUAGGAAAUAAUCUGAGUAUCAGAGACAAGAACACCGGUGCUUCUGAUGUCAAGAAACCGGAGGAAGCGCUGGUUCCGCUGGGAAACCAAGAACUGGCAGAGCAGGCUGGGGCAUUUGCCAAAUCCGCGGCCGGCUCUUCGAUGGCCGCCGCAGCCGACGCCUUCUGCCGCGCUGCGGGACACUUCGCUGGCGGAAUGGACAGAAAGAAGAGAGCAACAGAGACGGAGUUGAGCAAAUCCGCGAUGGCUUUGUUUUCGGUUGCUCAGAGUGCGCCUUCUUCGGAGGUCGGCCUCGCUGCUGUCGCCACAGAACUGACAUACCAUGCUCAGAUGGCGCUGCUCUCCGUCUCUGACAGCGAACCCCGCCGCUGGUGGCGGCGAGCGUCGUCCAUCUCUGUCCAGGAGGCUGUGACGCGACCGUCAUUCAAGCAGCGCCUCCGGGCGGCUAUCUCGGCCCCGGAGCCCUUGCUACCGAUCCAUGCUGAGGACGAGAAGAAACGGAUUGAUAAGCGCGCUGUGCUCUACGGGCUGGCGCUCGGCGCGCCUGUCGCCAUUCUCACCUCGGCGGCGGGUUUGGACACCUUCCAUGGUGCUUGGGCCUGGGUUGCCGGCGCAAGCGUAAGCGUGUGGAUCUUUGCAGCCACCGGCAUGGUCCUCAACCAGUACGCUGUGUUGGACAGUGAGCGGCUGGCCGCCUGGCAUCUAGGCCGGCUAGGUGUGCUGGGCGCUGUGGUGCUUUUCUGCUUCUUCGCGUACCGCGCCUUUUUCCCUUCGGCCUUGUGGGCGUUGUGGAUUCUCCUCGGCAUCGCUGCUGUCGCCAACGGUUUGCUAUGGAUCUGUAGCUGCAUCCGAGGAGAUGAUGUCUCAGGGAGUGACAGAGAUGCGGCGGGGAUGUCCGGCCAAGACUUGCCACUCUGAUGCACUUUUUGGGUCCAUGUGUUGAGAUGUCAGUGGCACGAAAUAUGAGAAUUGAUGUAAUCAGUGUUGCUAGCGCAACAUAGGUGUGGAUAAACUGACUGAUGGGAUGUUGAGGAUGUACAUUUGCAGUGCCGCCGUGCGUGG